UAUGUGUGUUUGACGCCAAACGAAAUUUAGGGUUUUCGAGUGUUUUCACGCCGUUCAUCUUCGUCUUCUAGCUUCUCGCACUUGAGCACUCGAAAACCAUGGGUUUCGCUGCGAUCUGGAACUCUCAUCCCAAGAAGUACGGGCCUGGUUCCCGCACCUGCCGUGUGUGCGGAAACUCACACGGGCUAAUCAGGAAGUAUGGGCUUAACUGCUGUAGACAGUGCUUCCGCAGCAACGCCAAGGAAAUCGGAUUCAUCAAGUACCGUUAAAGAGCCGGUGUUGCUUAUGCAGUUGCUGUCAUUUGGAUUUUUUAUUUUAAAGCUUUUGAAUGUUGUACUGGAUCUUAUAAAUGCUUUAUGAUUUCCUCGUUGAACAAUUGAGCUUUCCUUGUUUUAUCAACAAUUUUUGGUUCUACUACAAUAUGAUUAUCAUUUAAA